ACAGGUUCUAUUUGAUACCAAGAAAAAGCUGCAGUGAAAUGUUGGCUUUAAGCGCCAUCCUUACCCUCCUCUUUCUGUGCUACCUGGUUGUAGAGUUCGUAAAGCUGCAAAGAAAAAGACAACAACAUCCACCUGGACCUGCUCCUAUCCCAAUUCUUGGAUGUUUAUGGCAACUGAAAUUCUUUCGAUUAGACCGUGAUAUCCUGACAGAGGUAGCCAAGUCCCACGGGGACAUUUUCACUUUGUGGUUUGGUCAGGUUCCGGUGAUUAUAUUAAAUGGAUUCCAAGCAGUGAAGGAUGGCCUUACCACCCACCCCGAAGACGUUGCUGGUCGUCCAGUGACCCCUUUCUUCCAAGCUAUGGCCAAUAACAAGGUGGCUUCAGGUAUUUUCCUGGCAACUGGCCGCACAUGGAGGAAUCAAAGACGAUUUUCCUUGAUGACCUUAAAACGUCUGGGCUUGGGGAAGAUGAACUUGGAGUACCAAAUCCAAGAGGAAGCCCGCCACCUAGUGGAGACCUUUAUGAAUGCUAAAGGAAAGCCGAUGAAUCCAUCUUUUGCCCUCAAGCUUGCUGUUUCAAAUGUGAUCUGUGCAGUCGUCUUUGGGCAUCGCUUCUCCAAUGAUGACAAAACUUUCCAUCACUUACUGGAAGCCGUGGAAUUUAUAUUCAAAUUUGCGGGAAGUCUCUAUUAUCGUCUAUACGAUGUCUUUCCUUGGGUUAUGCGCUGUGUGCCAGGCCCUCCGAAGAAGACACUGUCUUGCUGCGAGUCGGUGUGUUCAUUCAUAAGGAAGGAGAUCAGUAUCCACCAGAGCAGAGGAACUUCAGAGGAGCCGGCAGACUUCAUUCAUUGUUACCUGGCUCAAAUUGAGAAGAGCAAAGACCAGUUGAAACCAGCCUACGAUGAACACAACAUGAUCCAGAGCAUAUUCGACCUGUUCUUGGCUGGGACGGAGACAUCCAGCACCACGCUUUGCUGGGCAUUGCUCUAUAUGGUGGCUUAUCCUGAUGUCCAAGCAAAAGUCCAGAAGGAGAUAGAUGCCACCGUGGCUCCCCGCCAAAUGAUCUGCUAUGAGGACCGCAAGAACCUGCCCUACACGAAUGCUGUGAUUCACGAGGUCCAGCGCUUCAGCACCAUUAUCUCCAUUGGGGUAUCCCGGCUUAGUGUGAAAGACACGAUGAUCCGACAGUUUCCCAUUAAAAAGGGCAUUAUCAUUUUACCAAACAUCGCUUCUGCCUUGAUGGAUCCUAAUGAAUGGGAGACUCCCCGGGAGUUCAAUCCGAGCCACUUCCUCGACAGAGAUGGGAAAUUCACCUGCCGAGAAGCCUUCAUCCCAUUUUCUAUAGGGCAUCGGAUGUGUCUUGGAGAACAUUUGGCAAGGGUGGAGCUCUUUAUUUUCUUCUCCAAUCUCUUGAAGGCCUUCACCUUCCAUUUGCCAGAAGGAGUGAAAGAAAUAAACACAGAACCCAUUUGGGGGGGAACUUUGCAGCCGCACUAUUUUGAAAUCUGUACGAAACCUCGCUAAAUCUUGUGGGGCUGAGUGUGUGUGCCAUGGGGAAGCUGCAGUGCACUGCAUUCAGGCAUCUCAUUUUCUUCUGGAAGUGUUUCUGGCUUCUUUGGAAUUGUGAGAAUCUCAGGUUUCAUUGUAAGGUUUUCUAAAAAUUCCUUCAUGUUUGCAGAAAACACACCUUAAUCCUUUUUGAGUAUUUUUUUCCAGGUUUAUUGUAGAUUGUUAGUUUUAGAGGUAAGAGCCACAUCAACCCAAGAUGGGAAGAUGGCAACCAAGCCCAAAGCUCAAUAUUGUGGCAAUUCUGCUGCCGCCUUAGACAGUCAAAGACUCCAUCUUGACCUGUAAGAGGUUAAAGGACAUGACUUCCAGAUUUAUGGUCCUGGCUGAUCAUAGGAUUGUAGAAUCCCCCUUCUCCCUAUAUUCUGUUUCUGAGGUGUUAACAUAUUAAACUAUGGGGUUACUAUUG